GCGGUUCUGGAAAGACUGGAUGGGGAGUUGCAAGAAGCCAAUAAUAACCUGCAAACAUUGAGGCAGAACUUUCUAGAACUCACAGAGCUGAAACAUCUCCUGAAGAAAACCCAGGACUUCUUUGAGACGGAAACUAAUCUGCCUGAUGAUUUCUUCAAUGAAGACACUUCUGGGCUAUUGGAAUUAAGAAGCACUCCUGCAGCUGUUGCAGCGAAACUGGGAUUCAUAGCUGGAGUGAUCAAAAGGGAAAGGAUGGGCCCCUUUGAACGUUUGCUAUGGAGAGCCUGUCGAGGAAACAUCUACCUGCGGUUCAGUGAAAUGGACACUCCCCUGGAAGACCCGGUCACUCAAGAAGAGAUGAAAAAGAACGUCUUCAUUAUCUUCUAUCAAGGGGAGCAGCUCAAACAGAAGAUCAGGAAGAUUUGCGAAGGAUUCCGUGCCACAGUGUAUCCCUGCCCUGAGUCUGCUGCAGAACGGCGAGAAAUGGCCGAUGGGGUGAAUACAAGGAUUGAGGAUCUAAACACAGUGAUCACCCAAACAGAGUCCCUCCGUCGGGAGCUGUUGCAGCAAGCGUUUACAAACUUGUGGACCUGGGAAAUCAAGGUGAAGAAAAUGAAGGCCAUCUACCACAUCCUCAACUCGUGUAACAUUGAUGUCACCCAGCAGUGUGUUAUUGCUGAGAUCUGGUUCCCCGUGGCAGACACGGGUCGGAUAAAGAAGGCCCUGAAUCAAGGAAUGGAACGUAGUGGCUCUACAAUCAACCCUAUUCUGACAGCUGUCCAGACCAAGAUGGCGCCUCCUACUUUUAACAGAACCAAUAAAUUCACUGCAGGUUUCCAGACAAUUGUGGAUGCCUAUGGUGUGGGAACUUACAGAGAGAUCAAUCCUGCUCCCUACACUGUAAUCACCUUCCCAUUUCUGUUUGCGGUGAUGUUUGGUGAUUGCGGUCACGGUGCUGUUAUGCUUGGUUUUGCUCUCUGGAUGGUCAUGAAUGAAAAAUCUCUUCUAGCCCAGAAAAACGAUAGUGAGAUCUGGAAUACCUUUUUUGGCGGCCGCUACCUAAUCUUGCUCAUGAGCAUCUUCUCCAUCUACACGGGCUUCAUCUACAAUGACUGCUUCUCCAAGUCAUUCAACAUAUUUGGGUCUUCCUGGCAUGUCACCCCCAUGUUCAAUAGUACAUGGACUCCCCAUAUUGUGGAAACAAGCGAAUCGCUGCAGCUGGACCCAAAUAUCUCGGGAGUGUUCUCUGGAAAUCCCUAUCCUUUUGGAAUUGAUCCGAUCUGGAACAUUGCUAAGAACAAGCUAACAUUCUUGAAUUCCUACAAAAUGAAGAUGUCUGUUGUCAUGGGGAUUACGCACAUGGUCUUUGGCGUUGUACUCAGCCUCUUCAACCACAUUUAUUUCAAGAAACCCAUAAACAUCGUUCUCCAGUUCAUUCCAGAGAUGCUCUUCAUCCUCUCCCUGUUUGGUUACCUAGUUUUUAUGAUUAUUUUCAAGUGGUGCCAGUAUGAUGUCAGAGAUGCCCAAACUGCCCCGAGUAUCCUAAUCCACUUUAUCAAUAUGUUCCUGUUUAGCUACAAUGAUGAGACAAACCAACCCUUAUAUAAGCAUCAGCAAGAAGUGCAAACCUUCCUGGUCAUUGUUGCCCUGAUUUCUAUUCCGUGGAUGCUUUUGAUUAAGCCCUUCAUCCUUCGUGCUAAUCACCAGAAAGCUCAGCGUAUGCUGGUAUCUCCUGAAAUGUCAGAGAGUCCCACUGGAGACAUUGAGGUAGAGAUCAUUAAGUCUAACCUCUCUGAGAAAGCAAGCAAAGAAGACCACAGUGAUGGUGGCCAUGGGGGACACGAUGACCAUGAUGAAGAGUUCAACUUUGGAGACAUCUUUGUCCACCAGGCUAUCCACACCAUUGAAUACUGUCUCGGUUGUAUUUCCAACACAGCCUCCUACCUUCGGCUGUGGGCACUCAGCUUGGCACAUGCACAGCUCUCAGAGGUCCUUUGGACUAUGGUGUUCAAAAUUGGACCUUCCUUUAAAGGCUUGGGAGGACUCAUCGUCAUCUUCAUCAUCUUUGCUGUCUUUGCUGUCCUGACUGUAGCUAUACUGCUCAUCAUGGAGGGCCUCUCUGCCUUCUUGCAUGCUCUGCGACUUCACUGGGUAGAGUUCCAAAACAAGUUCUACUCCGGGGCAGGCUAUAAAUUCAUACCAUUUUCUUUUAAGCACAUCAUAGAAGGAACAGAAGAAUGAAACCUGUUUGGAGCAAGGAGCUCUGAAUCUCCCAGGCUUGCUGCUGUUUCUCUACUACUACUUUUUUUUAAGGAAACCUUCCCCAAG